AUGACAUUUCCAUUCGUCGACAUCUAUUUUGAAGCUUGGGCCGCCAGUUGCCUCCCCGACAUCUUCGCCCCUGAUUGCCCUGGCGAGCUUCAAAGCCAAAGUCCGAGCCGCAGCCAUGAUGCUGAAGAAGAUCGCGACGGCAAGAAGGACCACAUCAACUGGACCGCUCGUCCCAUGCCUGGCAUGCCAGAAAACAUUUGGUUCAAGCAGCAAAAGGAAGUCCCGAGCGCGUCGCCGCAGGAAUCAGCGUCGAAGAUGCCGCCAUGGUACGGAAGUCAUGUCGAGUUCUGCAACCGGGCAGGUGGGCCUGGCGCAGGCAGGACCGAGGUCGUCGUUGCGGCCACAGACAAAGCACUGAGGUCGUCAGAGAGGAAAAAUGCUCCAUACGUUUCCCCAAGUCGUCUGCUUCACUUCGGCCUCAUCAUCUUCGAUGAGAUUUCCCAGAUCGAGGCAGCAGUGUGGGCGAAAUUGAAAGUGGCCCUCGGAGAAUUGCAGCCGGCUUUGGCAGAUGAGAUUCCGUCGCAAGUUGCGCUGGAUUUAAUCUAG